GUGCUUGUGCCGUGAAGUGAGCAGCUGUUGCAAGAGGGAGGGGGGUCAAAAUAGACUUCAAUCGCGAUGCGACAUACUCUACCAAGCCUCCCCCCAACACACCCAACGAUGGUUCCCUCACGCCGCCGAACCACCCUGUCCCCAGCCCUCCAGACCCUGAGCGCGCCGAACCAGAACCCCGAGCCGCCGAACCACGGCUCGUGUCUAGAAAUCUCUUGCGAUUUGGGGAUGGAGUACUUCAAGAAGCGCGCCGUCGCCCUUCUCUCUCUGUCAUCUCAGCACACGCGUCUUCAAGAGCUGGCACUGGCACGUAACCGCCACGACCACACCACACCACACCGCACACCUCCACGCCACGACACCAUGGCGUCGACAUCGACCCCCGGCGCCGUGAAUUCCUCCUUGGUCCCCAAAGCGCAUAAAUCUAGACCCCGCUCUAAACCUAAACCCUCCAAUUCCAGACCUGCGGCUAAACUCCUCCCCAGACCGAACAAUAUCCGCAACCCCUACGCACCGCAGUACAUCGACGCCCGCACCCUGCACGCGCUCACUUCGCUCUCGGCGGUGUGCGUUACGCCUGCUGCGCUUGGUGCCGCGGCCGCGGCGUUCGGGAAGGGGUGUGCCGCUGGUGCUGCUGGGGCUACGUCUACGUCUACGUCUGCACCUACGACUGGGGCUACGACAGCGGCUACGACAGCCACGACGGCUACGAGGCACUCGGGGGUCGUUUCCGGGACCGACGGAGCGCCGCUGCUGCCGGCGGCGGCGACGGCGGCUGUGUCGACGCGCUGCAUGCACAUCGCCUCGCGCCUCAUUGCGGACCUCACUGGUGCUGCGCUGGGCGGGCGCGCGGUCGUGUUGCUCGACGGCUGCGAUGGGCGGGACGGGGCUGGUCGGGCGGGUGUGUCCUGCACCACCGCACCCAGCGGCAGCAGCACCUUUGGGAGUAGUAGUGGCAGGAGCAGUAGUAGCACCAGCACGCCCCGCCAAUGCCCCCGCGCCGUCCCGUCUAUCGUCCUGCACCCCGCGCCCGACUGCCCGCCGGUGAUUAGCUACGAGACUUGGCUCGUCCUCGGGUGUCCCGUGUGGAGCACCACAGUGGGGGUUGGUAUUGGGCGGCGGCGGGGGGCCAGGGAGAAGGCGAGGAGGAGGGAGGAGCGGCGCGCGAGGCGGCGCGAGAAGCGGAAAAAGGCGAUAAAGGGGGAGAACGGCGAGUGCGAGGACGGCGGCACGAGGGUGAGCGGGGACAAAGAGAAGCGGACGCCCGCGGCGAAGCGUACGCCCGAGGCGAAGAGUGGCCCCACGGCGCAGGAAAAGAGAGAUGGCAGCGCGGGCGGCAGGGCGAGUCCGCUUGCUGUACUCCGCGUUUUUCUCGCUCCGGACGGGGGCGCCGAUGUGCACGGGAAAAUUAACUUGGAUGUAAAGCGCGGAGAGAAAGAGAAGUCGAUCGGCCAGCCAGGGAAGAGCGGGGGGAAGGUGGAAGCGGGGCGAAGGGGAUGCGGAUGCGGAUGCGGAUGGGGAGUGUGGAGCGGGUGGUGCAGAGGAAGAAUAAUGCUGGGGAUGAGGGCGAGGGGAGGGGGAGGGGCGGGGGAGUGCUGUGCCGCGUGAAGUGGUGUUUUCAACAGGUGAGGGUCUGGUGAUAGAGUAGUGUGGAGAAAGAGUUUGGUUUUCAUGCCUUUUUGGAGGCUGG